GAACAAUCCUCGCAAACCAGAAAAUAUCCAGUAAUUCCCUUUCCCUAAAGAUGAAGAACCGGUGGUGGAGAGCCAAGGCACCCAUUUGGUGCACAUAUCAUAUUAAAUACUACCAAUAUCAUAUCCCUUUUGCUCUUUACUUGCUUAUUAUUAACUCGGUUUAAUUUCAAUUUCAAUGGCCUAAAAUAGGUUGUAUUUUUAUUGAUUUUUGAUGGGUUUUGGCUGCAAAUUGAAUAUGAUGAGAUGUGUUCUUCCUUCACUUCGUUCUCCUUUCACCACCAAUUCUUCCCCUCCUUGUUCUACUUCCUUUCGAGGUAAAGAGCUUGAUUUUGGCUCAGCAAGGCUGUCUCUUUUAACAAUUGGCUUCGAUGAGAGUGAAACGUUGCGUAAAGACACAUUAAGACCACAUGCAGGCUCAUCUUCAGUUCCACUAACUGUUGAGAAUGACUACUCAAACUUGGAGACAACUAUCAGUAAAAGAUCUUGCAAAGAUUUGAUCAGCGAUACUGAAGUAUUAUCUGAUAGAGACGUCUCUGUAUAUGUCCGAAGUGUACAAUCCUGUAGUGCUUCACAUUUUCAUACUCUAAUGGCAAACAUCAAUUUACUUGAGAAUAAAGUUUCUGAUUCUGAGUUGUUGAAGCUUGAAAAAGAUAUUCUUGUUCAAUUAGGAAGGUUGGGAGCAUUGCAGCUGUUUCAUGCAUGUUUGUCUAGGAUCAUUGAUAUGUCAGACUUACCAGGUCUGAUCACUGAAGAUGGCAAAGCAAAUGUCAGAAAAGAUAAUGAGUUGAAAAAAAAGUUGGUUUUUUCGAAGAGAAAGGAAGAAAGAAAAUUAAGACAAGAGAGGAGGUUACAAGCUAGUACCAGUAAAAGAUGUGCUUGUAAAUCAGAAAGUUCCAUUGAAAGUUCAAUUCAUCAUGUAGUUUCUACUGCGGCAAAGAAGACCAAGGCGAGAGGCAGAAGAGCAAUUAUUGCCAAAAAUGAAGCAGAAAUGUCGAGGGGGAUAAAGGUAGUUGCGCAAUUAGAAAAGGUGAAAUUAACCUUGGAAAAGGAAACUGGAAAGGCAGUGAGUUUAAAUUGCUGGGCUGAAGCAGCUGGUAUUGAUGAAAAGGUGUUGCAGCAUGAUUUGCACUUUGGUUGGUAUUGCAGGGACGAACUUCUUAAAAGUGGUCGUUCCUUGGUGUUGUACCUUUCGAGAUACUAUCGAGGACUAGGAGUCGCACAUGAAGACUUAAUGCAGGCAGGGAACAUUGGAAUAUUGCAAGGUGCUGAAAGGUUUGACCACACAAGGGGAUAUCAAUUCUCUACAUACGUUCAGUACUGGAUCAGAAAAGCAAUGUCUCAGUUGGUGUCACGGCAUGGAAGAGGGAUUAAAGUUCCUACGACAUUGAGCACUACAAUAAACCGCGUACAAAAGGCUCGAAAGAUCCUUAAAAGAAGUCAGGGAAAACACCCAGAUGAUGUUGAAGUUUCAAAGUCUACUGGUCUUUCCUUGGAUAAAAUUAAAUCUGCUGACAAUUGCCUAAGAAUCGUGGGUUCACUUGAUCAGAAAGUUGGACAUUUCAUAAAUAUGAAAUAUUUGGAAUGCACACCAGAUACAGCGCUAGAGAUGCCCGAAAAAACAGUAAUGAAGCAGCAUAUGAGAAACGAUGUACAUAAGCUUCUCCAAGAACUCGAUCCAAAAGAGAGACGGGUUUUGAUUCAUAGAUAUGGUUUGGAAGGUCAUUGUAUGUCACUUCAUGAGGUUGGAAAGGUUUUUGAUGUAAGCAAAGAAUGGAUAAGAAAAAUGGAGAAGAGGGCUCUCACCAAGUUAAGGACUGAACAGAAUCAAACCAAUUUAAAGCAUUAUUUGAAUCUCUAGUUUAUAGUUAGAAAUCAAACUUGAGCCAAAAUAUCAGCUGCCUUUGUAAACUUUCCAUCCCAUUUAUCUUUUUUUUGUUUACAUAAAAUCAUUUGUAUAGAAGAAGCGUAUAGAUUGUUGUGUCAUAUUCCUCCCCUAGUAAUUACAGUACCUCUUUUAAUUUGUACGUAGUACUUGUGUAAUAAUAUACGAAGUACAACUUUUUUUUACAAUGAAGAAAUGUGCAUUGGUGUAUA